UCAGCUUCUGCCCCCUCCCCCCUGUGCGUGCGCGCGUGUGUAUGUGUGCCCGCGGCGGAGCCUCCUCGCCUCUCCUCUCUUCUCCUUCCCCCUGUCUGCUCCGAGCUGCGCCGCGGCGGGAUGCGGGGAGUCCGUGCUGGCUGAGCGGCUGCAGCCGGUCCUGCCUUGCCCGCGCUGCAGGAAUGAUUAUUCUGUUGCCUUGGAGAUGAAAUGAUGAUGAUCCUGCUGUUGUAAAUGUAGGGCAGAAGACUAAUGGUGUGAGCAGUAUGGACCUAAUGAAUGGGCAAUCGAGCAAUGUUAAUAUUGCAGCUAUUGCUUCAGAGAAGAGUAGCAGCUCCGAAUCCUUAAGUGACAAAGGUUCUGCUGAACUGAAGAAAAGCUUUGAUGCAGUGGUAUUCGAUGUCCUCAAGGUUACUCCAGAAGAAUAUGCUGGUCAGAUAACACUAAUGGAUGUUCCUGUAUUUAAAGCAAUUCAGCCAGAGGAGCUGGCAAGUUGCGGGUGGAAUAAAAAAGAGAAGUACAGUUCUGCACCAAAUGCAGUUGCCUUCACAAGAAGAUUCAAUCAUGUAAGCUUCUGGGUUGUUAGAGAGAUUCUUCAUGCACAAACUUUAAAAAUAAGAGCUGAGGUUCUGAGCCACUAUAUUAAAACUGCUAAGAAAUUAUACGAGCUGAAUAACCUGCAUGCCCUUAUGGCAGUGGUGUCUGGAUUACAAAGUGCCCCCAUCUUCAGAUUGACUAAAACGUGGGCGUUAUUGAGUCGAAAAGACAAAGCUACCUUUGAAAAGCUGGAGUAUGUUAUGAGUAAAGAGGAUAAUUAUAAGAGACUUAGAGAUUAUAUCAGCAGCUUGAAGAUGACUCCUUGUAUUCCUUAUUUAGGUAUUUAUCUCUCGGACUUGACAUAUAUUGACUCUGCGUACCCAUCUACAGGGAGCAUUCUAGAAAGUGAACAGAGAACGAACUUAAUGAACAAUAUACUUAGAAUAAUCUCAGAUUUACAGCAGUCCUGUGAAUAUGAUAUUCCUCUGUUGCCUCAUGUUCAGAAAUACCUGAACUCGGUUCAGUACAUAGAAGAGCUACAGAAAUUCGUAGAAGAUGAUAAUUACAAGCUUUCAUUAAAGAUAGAACCAGGGACCAGCACCCCACAUUCUGCUGCUUCCAGAGAGGAUUUAGCAGGCUCUGAAGUGGGAGCAUCUCCACAAAGUGGAAGGAAAAAUGUUGCAGCUGAAGGAGCACUGCUACCACCAACCCCCCCAUCACCUAGGAACCUGAUACCACAUGGGCAUAGAAAGUGUCACAGUUUGGGGUACAAUUUCAUACAUAAAAUGAACACGGCAGAAUUUAAAAGUGCAACAUUCCCUAACGCAGGACCAAGACACCUAUUGGAUGACAGUGUCAUGGAACCUCAUGCCCCAUCCAGAGGGCAGGCGGAAAGCUCUACCCUUUCUAGUGGAAUUUCAAUAGGUGCUGCUGAUAAAGACCCUUGUUAUGGACACCUCCACUCAAAGGUGAGAAGCCCCCACAGAUCAGCUGAAGGUUCAGGUAGCAGUGAUGGUUCAGAACUUAGUGAAGAGACUUCAUGGCCAGCAUUUGAAAGGAACAGAUUAUACCAUUCUCUCGGUCCGGUGACAAGAGUGGCACGAAAUGGCUAUCGAGGCCACAUGAAGGCCAGCAGUUCUCUAGAAUCUGAAGAUUUGGCUGUUCAUUUGUAUCCUGGUGCAGUUACUAUUCAAGGUGUUCUCAGGAGGAAGACGUUGUUGAAGGAAGGCAAAAAGCCUACAGUAGCAUCUUGGACAAAAUACUGGGCAGCAUUGUGCGGGACCCAGCUUUUUUACUAUGCUGCAAAAUCUCUGAAGGCCACAGAAAGAAAACAUUUCAAAUCUACCCCAAGUAAGAAUGUGUCAGUUGUGGGAUGGAUGGUAAUGAUGGCUGAUGAUCCAGAACAUCCUGAUCUCUUCUUGCUGACUGAUUCUGAAAAGGGAAAUUCAUACAAGUUUCAAGCUGGGAAUAGAAUGAAUGCAGUGCUCUGGUUCAAACACCUGAGUGCUGCCUGCCAAAGCAACAGACAACAGGUUCCUGCCAACUUGAUGACUUUUGAGUAAAAGGCUAAUUCAGAAUGUGAAAGAACAGUUAGAACUUUCUCAUCAUUCGGAAGUGAGGUUCUGAUGAAAGUGUGCCAGCUAUAGAUUAACUGUGCCAGAUCAGAGCCUACAGGCUCAAAUCUUCUAACUCUGGAUAAUGGAACAAAAAGCACUAACAGUUUGGGGAAUGGGAUCCCCUGCCGAAAAGGAUGGAAUUGCGACAUGAAUUGCCAUGGACCAUGCUUCUUAAUAUUCUCUAAACUGACCUGUGGAAACCACUGCCUUAAAGAGUGAAAGGAAAAUCAACAUGAAACACCAAAUAGUGUGUGUGAAACUUCUGGCGGUGCUGUGCUUGGAUUAAAUAGAUUGUAGCUAAUUUGAAUUUAUUUUAACUUUAUACUAAUUUUGGAAAUAAUUCACCUUUUUAGGUAUUCUUAAAAAAUAAUACCACAUUUAAGGGUUGCAUUAAAAGCUGGAUUUGAACUGGGGAUCUAGAGGUACUUAGACACUCUAGGGAUGCUGUUUAGACUAUACUGGCAGCCCUAAAUCGGGAGUUUCUUGGAUUCAGUUCACCUGGAGCGCCAUUAAUUGUCUCAUGCCUAGGGUAUAAGAACCAGAACAAAUGCAGGGUUUAAAAACAUCUGUAAACUUGCAAACCUUAGUACUGUAUAGGGAAACUUAUUUCCUGCAAGUGGCACAAAGGUUGAGUGCUUAUACACCAUAGUUUUGGGAUUUUGUAAGUAAAAUCCUUAUAUGUGGUAUUCUUAUUCCUGUUUUAAGUAUAGUCCGUGGUGGGGUUUUUGUUUGCUUUUCAGAUUGGUUUGGGGUUUUCUUGUGCGGCAACUGGGAAGAGGUAUCAGGUCAGAACUGAAUGUUUCCUUUCCUUUAUGUUUCUAUCCCUUAUGCUCUCUUACUUGUGAUGGUUCCACAACACAACAAGCACUUAAUUUAGUUCACAGGAAUCGUCUUAUUUUCCUGGGGGUCCAUGUGCCUCUUUAUCAGGUACAGGUAGAGAAUGUCCAACCCCUCCCCCUCCCCACCCCCGAAAAAACCCACUCUGUCAGUAUAAGGUUUUUCAUGGGAUCAUUUAAGAGACUUCAUUGUUAUAAUGUUUGAGUCACUAUGCCAGCUUCCAUCCUGUCAUUUUAAAUUAUUGGUUUAAUGAACUGUAUUGUUCAAUAUAUAUGAACUUGAAUUGUAUUACUAAUAUGUUGGCCUAAGCAAGUUCUAGCCUAUUUUGUUUUGAAAAAUGAACCUCUUCUGAUCUUUAGAAAAGGUCAUAAAACAAUAAUAAUCUAAUUAAAGAGAGAGGAAUUCAAUCUAGGAAAUAAAAGUAGUAUGGACUGGAUUAUCAAAACUUCCUUUGUUGCAAAAUGUACUCCCCCAAAAACAGUUAAGAUCACAAAUAGGAGCCACAUUCCAGGUACAUGUCUUCAUUAAAUUUAGUUACUUAUUUUGGUUUCUUCAUAGUCACUUCAUUGUAGUUUCAUUUAUGCAAAGUUUUACUUAAUCUUCAGAAAAUUAAUCUUUAUAAAUAAGGAAGUAAUUCCAGUUUUGCCCAAAAUAUCUUGAACCAGGAUUAAAAAGGCAUGAAAAAGUAGAUAUUCCAUUGACAUUCUGAUCCAGUAGCAGUAAAUAAGGUUACAAAUGCAACCAUAGACUUCUUUUAGAACUCUCCAUCAGUUUAUAGUAAUAAGUUAUCUGAAACCCAAUAAAGACUUAGUGUUAUUAUUCAGUUUAAAAAUGUGCACUUAAUUUACUAAAUCAGGGGGAUACAUUAAUAUUCCCAGUAUCAGUUUCAUGUUUUUGUUAGGAAAUCAUUAGUUUGUGAUUUUUAAGGCAGAGGAUAAGGUUGCUGGCCCUAUUGAGAAACAAAACUCACAGACAGAGAAUCUUCCUGUGCAGGUCAGAGUGGGGUAAGGAAAAGGGUUAGGGUCCCUUUCUGAGUGUUACUUUGUGAAAUCUGCUUAUGCUAUAAAGAAGUUAUGCAGAUGCAUAAUUCUGUCCUCUUAUGGUACAGUUAAAAGCACCCUUUGAAUUAAUGUCCCCUCACAAACCUUUUUUUUUUUUUUUGUGGAGAGUGAACAAUCAGUUCUGAACCUGAAGUGGUAUAUUUUAGAAAGGGAGCUCGGUUGUGCUGAAUCACUCUUUACACAUCUCCCAAGUUAACCCAUGUUGGGUGUUUAGUAACACAUCUUCAUAGUCAGCAGUAUUACUGUAAUAGAGUUUGCACAACUUUAGAUUUUGUUUUUCAUUUUUUAUAUUACUUAAUGUGUUUCUUCUCAAAGUAAGUGUUUUUAACAAAAUGUGUGUACUUUUUUUUAAGCAUUGUGGAUGGAAAACCUGUGGAUUUUGAAUUUUUUAAUAAGCUAAUGUAGAUACAUUGCAGACUAACCAUAUUUGUUCUAUUAAUGAACAGAAACAUGCAACUGAGAGCCACAACCUGACAUCACGCAGUUUUGCUAAAGAUGUAGUCAGGUUAGAAGGUAUUAUUUUUAUUGUUUGUGUUUUUCCAGCUGUUUCAUGUUUUUAUGGGACGAGAAUGAGGAGGAAAGCAAUGCUGAGUCAUAAUCGGUAGUAAUCACUUGACAAACUCGCUACCCUUAGCCUACAUAAUUGUCAUCCCUUUAUUUCCAGUUUCAGAUUUUUCAUGGAAGAGCUUUGUUCUAGAAAAAGCUUCCAAAAUAUUUAGCAAGAAUAAGAAAUGUGAUGAAACUGAAAGCACUAUAGAUAGUUUUUUAUUACCAACAGUUUGAUACUCCAAUCUUUUUCAUCUUAUAUUAGCCAAAUACUACUUUAGGGUGACACAACCAAUGAUAUGUUACAUCUUUUAAGGUAGAUGUUUGUCAGGGAAAAGUUGUGACUUUUUUCCUUGCCAGUGAAAUUGCCCCUAUAAUCUUAAAUAGAAUUAGAUAACUCAAAUCAGCUGUGAAAGAUGACAGUAAUAUACCUUAUUGGAGAGACAAGAAUAAUAUAUUAGCCAGCAGGCUGUUUCAUUUUGGUGUACCGUCCAAUAUUAUGGCUCUAAUUUUUUUUCUUACUUUCAGUAGCUGUUAAAACUUCACAGGUCACAUUUAGCACUGUAUUUCAUUGUACCCACAUUUUUUAAUUAAAAUUUCAUGAAUGCUAGUUUUAAACAAAAGAAGCAGAAUUUGUAAUUUACGUAACUAGCUGGUGCAGAUGCAAUAGAAGUGCAUUAAAUAUAUCUCUUGCUAUAAUGUUUUGAAUGCUGACAGCUAAUUUAGCAUUACUUUCUAACUUGGUGCUUUACAACUUCAGUUGGCUUAAUCAAAAAUUAAUUCCAUUGCAGUGUUGUUAAAGAACAAAAAUUAGUCACAGUUUAUUUUAUAAAGCGGGAUCUAUGCAGUUUGUGUUAAUUUAGGUGAUCUUUUCAGGCCUGUUUUUCAUUUUACAAACCAGUCUUAUGAAAAAUGCUAUAGAAACAUUGUCCCAUGGGUGUUGGGUUCAGCGCAAGUCAUAAGUUUAAUACUCAGCUUUGAUUCUGUCCUUACAAGGAACUUUUCAAAUAUUCUAUAGAGCAGGGACCACUAGUGUAAUAUGAGGGGUGCAAAUGGAGCACUAGGAGCAGCAGCCCUACAUUGCUGCUCUGUCAUAGCAGUAGUUGGGUGCACAGGCAUUGCGCUGAUGUUGUAGCAGCAACAACUGGGGAGGACAGGCAGUGCAGUGCAGUGGCAACAGGAGUUAGCAUGAGGCUUUUUUGUGUUCCUAGAGCAGGUAAGACUCCUGCUGCCCCCUGCUCUCAGUACUUCUUCCCCUUCAGUGCUCAAGGGCACAUUCUCUCCCUAGUUCUCCAGCAGGAUUUUCCCAGGUCACAAAGCCUUCUAGUUGCAUCUCUGGCUGGGACUACAGAAAAAAUAUGAAAUGCAAAAAGUUUGGCCUCUAACUGAGCUGUUUUAAGUGUAGGUUGCAGUCCUGGCAAGGCAGCUCCAUACCUCACCUAAUUCUGCCUUUUGUGUUACUGUCUCAUGUUGUCUUUUUACAGAAUUGGUCAUUUAUUAACUUUCCAUCUAGGCUCAGUUGCAUCAUAAAAUAAUUUUUACCAAUGGUAGUACAGAUAGAUAGUGGAACACUCGCACAAAAUUACCGUUUUGUGUUUCUUUGUUAAUUUUAUUACCUAUAACAGGGUUAUAUCAUUUUCUGUUUGUUCACUGAAGCCAAUUUUAUCUAACAUGUGUUUUCUUGCCACAUCUUAAGUACUUACAUUUGCAGUUAGGCUUUUUGAAGACUGCCGUCAUCUUCUGUUAUUGAGGGCCAGCAAUGUCAUUGUCACCAUGCUUUCCUUUAUAAAAGAAGUAAUCACAGGGCACUUGGAGAGGUUGGGUCUCUAGUGGUAAAAGGCAAAUUGGGCUGUACUUUUUCUGGAACUUUAGCAAAUCUGUUCUAAAUCAAGGUAAAUUAUAGUGAUGUUUUUCUGGCUCUGUCAGUGGCAUUUUUCUUCAUCCUCCCUCUCUUGUAUUUUCACUCGCAAGCAUUGGUAGUCCUAAUCUUUUUCACAGUCAUCUUAGUAUACUGCCUGCUCUGAGCUUCAAGACACUAGAACUGGUACUAAAUUACAUCAGUGAGUUGUUUAUGCUCCCUACAAGUUCAACUUUUAAACGUUUUGUUAUUAUUUAAGUAUUCUCUUUCUGUCCUUCCUCUCUUCCCCCAUUCUGUCCCCUUUCCCCUAAAAAUGGCUUGUGUCAAAGGUGGACAGAUUAACAUUAGAGAGAGCUGUAAUUAAAACAAUCUGUAUAAAUGAACAUUAAACUUAAGGUAACAAUUUGGCCACCACCCCAACUUUGAAUAUGUGCAGAAAAGGGGAACGACUUUGGUCAGUGCCUUAUUAUCAGUUUGAGACCAAUUCUGUUAUUCUAGAGCUGAGCCUCUAAUAACAGCUGCUGGACCUAAUGACUAUUUCCCUGGAUUCAGAAGUUUGUUACCCCCUUCCUCACUGUUACAUUCUCUGCAGAAGAACUUACUGAUUUUGGCCAGUUUUAGAAUGCUAACUAUAAUCAUUUUGGUAGGUUUUUCUCAUUAUAGUAGUUUUUAGCUGACUGCAGCCACAUUUGACAUAUUGUCUUCAGAGCUUUUCUCAGAAAUAUCUAAGUUAACUCGUAACAAAUUUCUUUUCAGAGACAAAAAAUACAAAGUGUCUCUAAAUAGCCUUAAGAAGAAAAAAAGUUACAAAAAUAAAGUGUAAUUUAGGUCAUGUCUAGAGUUUAUGAACUUAGUUCCAUAGACUGAAAUAAGAUUUCUGUCUUCCUUUAUACUAUUUUAAACACUAUAGUGCACAAAAAAAGGAUUAUACUUAGCAAGCUUUUUGUUAAUUUAAAAUUAAUAUUUACGGGGGAAAAACUGAAUAAACUCUAUCUUGUUCCUUUUCUUGAAAUCAUUUAAACUAACAUAGCUAAGGAUGUGUGUUUGUAGUUCUAGUGUUGUAUCACUUAGUGAGAAACUUCACUAAAACCAAAUGCAAGCUAUUUAGUUUUGCUUGCAGAGGUUUUGAAGAUCUGAAAUGUACAACAUUGGAAGGAGAAAUUAAAAGUAAUAAUAGGUUGUUUUUGAGCAAAAAAAAAGCUUCAUUUUAUUUUCCUUUAAGGCUUCAUUAUAGAAAGCACAGCUUAUAUACAUCAAAAUGUUUGUAACUGUGGACAUUUGAGAGGGAAAGUCUAACCUAGACCAAACAUGAUCAACCACAAAAGAUUCUUCAAGCAAUUGAAAGGAGUUAGACCAGAGCAGAGAAAGUUAAAGUCCAGCCAUUACAGAACAGGUUUAGAACUUUUUUUCAAAGAACAUUACUAAAAAAAAAAAUUACCAGAAUGAAAUUACUUCGGCAAAUCAGAAGCCUGUGGCUGCUUGUUUGAGCUUGCUCUUGAUUGCCUAGGAACAACAAAAACAUACAAUUUUUUUUCAUGCAGUUUGCUAGUAUAAUAUUGUUCUUCAUGGGAAAGGGUGUGACCUUCAAAUGAUUCCGAAAGAAAUCUCUUACCAUUCCAGAACUGCUCACAAAUAUGGUCCAAAACCAGUAUAUACUGAGUAAAAUGGGGAAAGAAAGGGGCAUUAGGGUGUACUUGUUUACAGAGCCUUUGACUCCUCAUGCCCUGAAAUCUGCCCAUAUGUGUAUUACUACAGGGCAAUGUGAGGGACACAAGAAAAUACAAAAAGCUAUAAUAAUUCCAUAAAAAACAGACAUCUUUGGGGCAGAAAUCAAGCUUAUUAUAAAGUAAACACAAGCCAUUUUUAAUGUUUUUCCCUGUUGAAUUGAGGCAAAACAGUUAUAGGGUGAUUGCACUAUGACCUCUUUUGAGUGAUGUGCAGUUUGACUGUCCUAGGAGCCUCCUUUUCUUCUACUUUUUUUAAUACUUUAAUGUGUGUGCGUAUGAAAUUGUGUGUUUGCGCUAGUUUAAAGAGUUUAAGUACAGAUUUCAGAAAUCUUUCCUACUGAAAUAAAUGAUUUAAAAUAUG